AUGUUGGAAAAUAUUCUAAAUGAAUUGCAUGGUCUGGGGUAUUCACAAAUUAAACAGGAUAGCCUGUUAAAUCCUGUAAUGGAUAUUAACAAUGGGGAUUUUGAUCACUUUAAUUCAUUCUGUGUAAAUUCGCUUUUAAACUACUACAGAAACUCUCCAAAUGAAAUAUGGGUGAACGAACAAGUUGGUCAAGUCUCAAUUGACAAGAUGAUUCAAAACUUUAUUUUGGUUUGCAGAGAGCUACCGGAAUGGCGAAAUGUUUGCCAAGACCAGGCUUCAAUAGAUAGUUUAAUUGCAACCGAUAUUCAUUUGGCAGUAUUAUUAACAAUGAAUGAAAACUCCGAGUUAAGCAAUAUUCCAAUUGAUGCAUUUUGUGGCUUGAACUUAAAUUUGGGUAAUAAAGAUUAUUCAAGUUAUAAUCAUUUAUGUGUAGACAAGCUAGCUUCUAAUCAAAUCAAUUUUGAUAAUAAAAUCGUUUUUAGUAUUAGAGACGCAUUGACAAUUUGUUCAAUAACAACAUUUUGGUCUAAAAUUUGUGUAAAAUCUGAUUCAAUCGAUUACAGUGACAUUCCGGACUUACAUCUACUUGCAUCUUCUCUAUUUUUUGAGAUCUCUAAACACGAUUAUCUAUCCAAUUCAAGCAGUUUCGAAGGAAUAUCACCUAUUGAUUUUUGCGGAAUAUCCGAGAAAAUGAUUUCAAAAGGAGAUUUAACAAAUUAUUUUAAUGUCAUUUGUGUAGAUGAACUGUCAAAGCCCUCAAAGCUUACCUUGUCUGGUAAAUCUUGGCUACCUUCAACAAAGAACGUAAUUGAAAUAUGUAGAAAUAAUCCUCUAUGGAUAUCAUGUACUUAUAAUUCAGAUGAUAAAAACUUCGAUAAUAUUCAUUCAUUUUCAGACAACAAAGAAUUAAAUUACAUUUCUAUUAAUGAUAAAAUCAGUUUAUUAGCUACUACCUUACUACAGCAGGUACACCAACUGCCAACCUAUAUGUUUAGCUCAUUAUAUUAUCAAUUUGCAGAGAUAGAUGACUUAUGCCAUAUAGCAGGUAUAAUUCAAAAAGACAUAAGUGGAAUACAAAAUGAAGAACUUUCCACUAAAUCACAAAUCAACUUUGGGCAGUUUUUCAAUUCAAUAUGUUGGCGAAUUCUUUCAACUUAUCCAAUUACUUUUAAAACGACUAUAGGGAUCAUUUCACAGCCAAUAAAAACUCUGGAAGCUGUUUCAGUAUGCAGCUCUUCUGUACUGUUUUGGGUCAGCGGUUGUACAGCUGAAAACGAUGAAGACUUCAUCUAUUUACCUCAGAUAAGUAUUUUGUCGCAGGAGCUUUUGAUUUCAUCAAAAAAAUAUUACAAUUUACCGACAAAUACUUUUUGUAUAGCUGCAAAAAACAUUAUUUCAAAUUUGAAUAAAUUAAACAAUGGGCUUGGAUCUUCUGCAAACAGGCUUGAAGACUAUUCAAUCAGUUGGGUUCUAAAUAAUAUCGAUAAAAUAGAUUCAUACGCUCGGUUUAAUGGAAUAACAUCAGGAUACUUUAACAGAGAGUGUGUAAGAGAACUUAUAGGCGUCAAUGAAAGUAACAGCGAGUAUAUCCCAAUAAAUUUCGCAAUAUUUAUUUGUAGUAGUUCACUGAGAUGGGAGAAGUGUACGGUAAAUGGCAAUAUGAAAAGUAAGUUUUUAACGGAAUUUGUCGCGUCAGAAUUCUAUUAUGGAUUAUUGGCAGAAAUGGGCAUUAGUAUCCGAUUUAAGUGGAAUGAUAUUUGUUUGAUAUCUGAAUCAACCAUCCCUGAGGAAUACGAUAAUAUAGACUCAAUUCCUAUUAUUCCUUAUUUUAACCAUUUUUGUUCAUUGAGUUUUAUUAAAAACCUCAAAUUGAUAAGAAAAAACAUUAACAUUUCAUUCAGUGAAAACAAACCAUAUAAUUUUACUAAUUUUAUAAAGGUAUGUGUUCAUAAUUAUUUUUGGAGAGUGCCAUGUGGAGAAAUUGUUGAAUUAGAUUUGCUUGCUAAUAGUUUACUUUUUGGUUCGCAUCAAUUUGCUUCUAUGAGAAAUAUAUCUGAAUCUCAAUUUUGUAAAGCAGCAAAAAAUUUAUUAGAUGUAGACCCAAAAAACUUUGGAAGUGAAUGCAUGAGGGAAUUAAUGAAAAUUGGUACUCAAUUCACUUCUGAAAUUGCGGAGGGUACUUGUGCAGUAACACAUCGUUCUUUAGUAUGUCAUGGAUACCCAGAAGAAUAUUCACAUAUUGCUAGUACAUUGUUCUCAACCAUGUAUCAAUAUUUUCCUAUUUCUGAAAUUUCAAGUUUUAUUGAAUUUUGUGAAAUUGUUCAUUCAAUAUUCACAGAUGAUGAAAUCAAUGAUUCCCCAUAUUACUUCAAUGCAAUCUGCGCAAAGCAUAUUCACAAUUCCAAUUUAAAGGCGUCAUUUUUGACUAUUUCAAUUCUUUGUAGUCAUAUCUCUCCAAAUACCUUUUCCAAUGAAGAUUAUACAGAAUCACUUUUGGUUUCAGAACUUUAUAAAAAAAGUAAAAGUAUAAAUUCACUGAAAAAAUGGGAAUUACAUUAUUUCCACCCCUUGGCCAAGAGAAUUUUGGAAAGUAUACAGAAGGAUCCAAAAGAUAUUUCCAACUUCAACUAUGAAUGUGUUGCAAUAACAAGGAGUGUAAUAUCCACUGACUCAUUUAUUUUAAAAUUAGAUGAUGCAAUUUCACUAUGCAGUGGUUCAAUUGCAUUUAAAAUUUACUGCGAAAAUCAAAAUCUAAGCAUUCAGCAUUUAGUAUCUGAAAUAAUUCAAGGAUUAACAAUAACUUAUGAAUUGAAGAUAAUUGAAGAAUCUGAAAUUGAAUCAAUUUGCAAAGGUGCGAAACUGAUCUACGAUGGAUCAAUAGAAAAACAACCGGUCUCGAGAAAUUUACCAGGUAUAGCAACAAAAUAUCCAUAUUUCUUAAAUUCUUGCGUUGAAGUACUAAUUUCAGGAAUUAUACUUCCCACAAAAUUUAUAGAAAUUUCUACGGAUAAUGCUAUUUCUAUAUGUACUCAAUCUUUGCGUUCUUCAGUUCCAUGCAAAAACGAAAAAGCCAUUGUAUCUGCUAUUUCCGUGGGCCUUUACUCAGAAAUGCAAUAUUUUCCUGAAAUGGCAAAACUAAAAGUCACGGAUUUAUGCAAUGUUGCCUCAAAGCUUACCGAAAUUAAUUCAGAAGAUUAUUUAGAAGUAUGUUCCAAGUACUUAAGUAACUUCAAGUUAUAUAUUCCAACAAUGGAGGAUUUAAAUAUUAAACUCACUGAAAUAGAAAAGCAAAGAAUUUGUACAAGGCCUUUCAAUUGGCAUAAGUGCGAUAUUGAAGAAAACUUGUUACGUGGCUUUCAUUCAAUUAGGAUAGAAAAACUUGCUUCAAAACUAAGAAAAAUUUUUUUAUUAAACAAUAUCAAUAUUUGGAAAUUUGGAAGGUAUUGUAUCUUUGCUGAAAAACUUUUAAAUGGGAACGGUGAAAAUGAUUUUAUGAAGUGCAAGUAUUUGCUUAAAGAAUUUGAAUAUCUAGAAAUGAUUAAACAAAACUCUAAAACAAUAGAAAACCCUUUAUUUUUAUUCUAUGAGCUUGAAGACAAAACCAUAAACAAGAUUUGUAAUUUACUUUCUUCUAAUUCAAAUUGUAUUCAUUCAAGAAAUGGAUUAUCAGGUCUUCUUGCAUCAAACUUCUUUUCAAUUUCAACAAAGUAUUUGGAUUUAAAUACAAUAAAAAACUCCGAUUUUUGUGUCAUUUCAGAACUAUUACUCCAAAGAGGUAGCUUAAGGGAGAUCAAGGAGAGUUGCCCUUAUUUACUAUUACAAAUAACUAAUCUUGAACACUGGCCUCAAAUAUUGCUAACACCAGAACUCACCCAAACUAUUUGUGACAAUUUAAGUAUUACAAAUUUGAAUUGUAUUGAAACAAACAAUAAUUUGGGUAUCACAGACGAAAUAUCGUCUGCAAUCAACAAUAUUGCAAUUGAAUUGUUCUUUAUUAGAAAAAAAUAUGUUCCAACCUUUAAUCCUGAGUCAAGCUGUGCAAUGGCAGAAUCACUAAUUCAGUACGGAAUAAAAAAUGAAUAUUUCAAUAACCUUUGUAUAAAUUUAAUUUCAUAUGAUAUUUGGAACUUUUCAGAAAAUUUUGACAGUAGAUACAGUCACUAUUGGAAUAUCAGCAAAGAAGAUCCUGUUACCUUUAUCAGCUUCAUUAAGAGCGAAGCAUCACGAUUUUGCAGAGAAUUAGAGGGAAAACUUUCCGAAAUGUAUCUAAAGAGUCACAAUUUUAUCGUGAAAAGGAAAAAAAGUGACUAUAAAUUGGAUAAUCGAAUUUAUUAUCAAAAGGUUCUAAGAAGAACUUUCAAUCCAUUAAAUUUGUGUACAUCAGAAACCGAUCUUCCAAAUAAGCUGACGAAAAAAGAAGAAAGAAUUCAACUAAAAAAGAAGUUAAGAAUUAUUUCUAAAGCUAGAGGAUAUGUUGCACUAAAUGAUGAGGCUAUUAAGGAAUAUUCCCCAGAAAUGGUAGAUUAUAAGUUAGUGAAGAAAUACUAUGCUGACUUCCCCAGAGAUAUUUACAACUAUUCCGAAAAUUCAGGUUUUGUAUUUAAGAUGCCAGAAUUUAACUGGAACUUAUUUUCGGAAAAGCUCGUAUCUGUUUCAAAGAAAGUCCUUGGAAUUCCAAUAAAAAUAUCUGAACCUAAAUAUGGUGGCCUGGGAGGGCUAAUUCAAAAGUGGGGGUAUUCACCUCAAGGUACAGUACAAGGUGCACAAUAUAUUUAUAGAGUGUCUAGAUACAUCAAUAAAUAUAUGAUAAGUCCAAAAAAAGCGUAUUUAGUUUGGAAGGAGACCCUUAUAGCAAUGAAUUAUGCUAUUAUUCCUAAAUGGCGUGAUUCAUGGCAGGAUGAAAUUAGGAAACCAAGCCCAUUAGAUGAACAGCCUUCACCCUCGUGUCAGGGAGUUAAAUCAAGCAAAGUAUUGAAACAACUAGGAAUGGAUAAAAAAAAUAUAAGUAUGGUAGCUCUUGCAAAUAUUGACUCCUUUGUAACACAGAUGACAGAGGCAGCUCACGAUCUGAAAUUGUCUAAUGUGAAGUUUAAUGAUCUGUGCCUUGUCGGAAUUAUUCUGUUUCAUAUUAAAUCUUAUUCAAGGACCGAAUCUUUUAAUUAUCAAUGUACUAAAUGGGUUAAGGAAAUUGGAUAUGUUGAAGAAUAUGCUGAAAAUGAACAGAAACUUUCAAAAAAAAUUGUUAAUCGUCUAAAAAAUGCUACAAGGAAGCAAAUACCUGCUGGCUUAGCCAGAAAAAUUUGUGCAAGCACAAACCGAUGGAUGAGUUGCAAUGGUGGAUCAGAUAUUGAGGAGAAACUUAACAUCGACAAUCUUGCAACCGAAUUAGUAAGGCUUUCAAGAAUUGCUGGACUUGAAUUUCGUGAUAUGUGCGAAGUGGCAACUCAGAUUGCAAAUGCACAAGAUUUCAAUCAGAAGUGCCCAGUAAUACUUCAACAAAUAAUUGGUAACUAUAACAGAUCACUUCAAGUUUGUAGAUCCACUAGUUCUUGGAAAUCAUGUAAAUAUUCAAAGGUAGUAUUGGAUCCAAAGCUAAGAGAGCACUUAGAUAUUUUAACAACUGAGUUAACAACAGGAUUAAACGAAAUUUUCCCAAAUAUUUUUACUUUUGAGGAAAUAUGUUAUUUAAGCGAUAAAUUUGUUGCAUCCGAAUAUUUUAAAACGGAUUGUAUUGAAUACUUAUUUGAUUUUUUAGUCUCCCAAAGGUUUAAUAAACCAACACUAAAUAUUUAUGGAGAUACAAAGCCUUCAACCUCUUUUAAGCAUAUUGUAUCAGCUGCACUUACAAUUUGUUAUGACACUUUAAGGUGGCAGCAAGCAACCUGCAUUUUAGAAGGUGAAGACCACUACUCGCUUUAUGAAAAGCAAUGGGUUGAUUUAGUUUCAGAAGAAAUUUUAAAAGAAAUGGUCAAACUAAACAAAUUCGACUCACAAAUAUCUAUAUUUUUCAAAAAUGCAGAAAGAGACAAGCUUGUGGAACGCUUUAAUCGCGAGAAUAAUAAUAAAUUUAAAAUAAGUCUUCCACCUACAGUGAAAUACCACGAUAUAUGUAAUCAUGUAACUAAAAUAUCAAAAACAAGGUAUUUUAAUAUUAAUUGUGUCCAAGUGGUUACUGAAAUUUUUCAGACUCAAUUAACGAAGAUCAAGUUAGACAACGAGAGCACUAAUUAUUUCGAAAAGAUGAAUAUAUAUGGAGGUAUAAUUAAGGCUCCUGAUUUGAGUAUUAUUGAAGGUAUUUGCAAGGGAAGUAUUUUUUGGGAAACAUGCUCAAAUAAACAUCUAAAGCCACUCUUUAGGUUUGAUAUAGAAAAUGAAAAAAAAGAGAACGUAGACAUCGUUGUAAAUGAUAUAAUGAUUUCAAUUCUGCAACUUAAUGAAAACGGGUUUGAAAAUUUCAGCGAUUUCAAAGGAGAUGAAUUAAACCAUUUAGACGCAAUACAUAAGCUGGCUUCAAAAACUGUUUCUUCAUUGAGCUAUCUUGAUUUCUGCGAGAUUGGGAUUUGGUACUCGAAAGAAAUAUCUAAUAUAGAAAAAAAAGAGUACUCUGAACUCCAAAACUUACUUUCAACAAAAAUCUUGGUCCUUAUACUUGAAAACAUGUACCCUCAUCGUAAAUUGGAAAGGGAUCAAAAAAUUGAAGAAUCUGAGAACGAGAAACUAGGUACUCUUGAUCAGUACAUUGAAAAUUCAAUACUAAAACUUCCGAGAACAUCUCCAAAAUUAGACAAACCACCUAAUUUUAUGUUAAGAAAUAUAACGAGUAUCGGGGCAACACUAAUUAAUAAUAGUAAUAACUACUCAAGCAAUAUAUUUAGAGUGGACCUCUCCGAUUACCAAACAUUUGAAAACUUUUAUGUAAAAAGACAAAUUUCAAAUAUUGAUAGGGAUAAAAAUGGCAAAUCUCUAUAUGUUAAUCCUAUUGUUGGGUUGAGACUAUUUAAGUAUCAACUACCAAAUGGAUCACUGAACUAUUCCAAACUUGUAGAUUUAAAAAAAGACGGAAUUGAAACUAACUCUAAGAUUGAUAGAUUUGAAGCAGGGAAGAUACUAAACCUGAUGAAACGGAAUCCGAAUAAUUUUCACUUUUCAAUACUACCUCAUGCAACAAAAGAAAUCAUUAAUAAGCAGAAACCCAAUUUUUCUGAAAAGAAAAUAAAAAAGGAAUGGUAUAAAAAUAUUAAAAAGGAGUAUUACUACAAGAAGGGAAGAGAAAUCGCAAAGAAAGAAUGGGAAUCAAGGCGAUUAGCUCUUAGCAACAAUAAUGGAACCGGAAUAAUUGAAUGGGAAACUGAGAGAAGGAAGGUUCCGAAUUUUGUUCAUGCACUAUUUAGCCCAGAAUUAAUGAAGCAAAGAAAAGAAGCAAAACUAUUCAAUAAAGGUUUAUAUAAAGCAAGAGUUCACCAGUUUCUUCUAGAAAAGUUUCUUAAUGACAAAGAAUUACACAGAGAAAAGUAUGAGAAAAAGGGGACGAUUAUAUUAAAACCAAAAUUUAAAAGGAUUAUUCGAACAGAAGAUGAAGAAAUGUUCAGCCUUGAAAAAAUAUAUAGUGAACAAGAAAUCAAUGUUGUCACAAAUAUAGCAGCAUUGAUAGGUUACAAUCAGAUUGCAAUUGAUUUACUUUAG